GGACUAGAUGGAGGAAGUUUUAUUCAGGUGAAAACUUAUUACAGGAAAUCUGUUCAACAUAAAAUUGAGAACACCAAUUUUUAUCGAUCAAGCAGUACAUAGAAGUAAAUUGCGAACACGUGGACAUUGAUAUUGAUAUAAAUUAGUUACUGCAGGAUUUCGAAAAGAUACAUGUCAAAACAAAUAUGCAGUUACAAAAUCCGUUUAUAUAUGUACCUUUGUGCCAACCACAACAAUUACCACCUGUACCUAUUAAUCCUUUUCUACAACCUAUGUUCAAUUUCCAAGUACCUCUUUUCCGAAGGAUAAAUGCUACAGAUGAACUAUCCCCGUAUGGUUACAUAUUUGUCAGACUUCUUGGACAGGGAUCAUUUGGCAAAGUAUAUUUAGCAAAGCAUUUGAGUUCUCAAGGGUUUUGUGCAGUUAAAUGUGCAUCGCAAACACUCUGGAACCCACAGUCACAAGUGAAUGUAACAGCAUUGACAAAUGAAUACACCAUUCUUAGACAGAUGUGGCAUAAUAAUAUUGUCAGUUGUUUAGGUAUAAUUACUUAUGAUUCUUCGACGUGGUAUCUGUUCUUGGAAUAUAUGGACAUGGGAUCCAUUAAAAGUAUAUACAAACAGUCUGGACCUAUGGCUGAGAUUUGUGUGAGUUAUAUAACACAUGAGGUUUUAAACGGGGUUCUUUUUCUUCAUGCAAAAUUAAUUGCCCAUAGAGAUAUUAAAGCCGACAACAUACUUCUAAACUCAGCUGGUAUGAUAAAGAUAGCCGAUUUUGGCAUUACCAAAUAUAUAUAUCCUGUACAUGCAGAGGGAGUUGGAUUGCAAACAAAAAUGACAGGCACAAGAUCUCACAUGGCACCAGAAAUUAUGUCUGCAGACUGGCAAACGCUGUACGACGUUCGGGUUGACAUAUGGAGCUUGGGAUGUACUAUCAUAGAAAUGUUAACAGCAACUUCUCCUCAAUCUGAGAGUUAUUUUAGUUCCAUUGUUUGCGGAAAUGUUGGUGCCAUUGAUACCUAUAAACCAGCAAACUGUUCAUAUGAAUGCUGGCUUUUUAUAAAGAGUACACUCAACCCAAACCAUUUUUUUCGCCGAGAUGCUGCAUUAUCGUUAUGUGAUCCAUGGAUCACGAUGAUGAUGGCGAUGAAUGAGAGGGCGAUGAUGGUUCAGAGGGCAAUGAUGAUGAACAAUCCGAUGAUGAAUAACAAUGCGAUGAUGUUGAUGAGAUGAAGUUGUCAACAACCCUACUCUUUUUCAUCUAGAUACUAAAUUAAAUGAGGGUAGACUGUACUGUCAUGGAAAUGGAAAUCGCAACGUCUCUUUGACAGUAGUAAUUAUUUAAAUUCCAUCGUCUGGGUAGGGUGAUAUUGCUUUUGUUCCAUUUAUUCACGAGAACGAUAUGGAUGUAGUGGAAUUGUGUAGAUUUCACACGAAACUACAAAGAAUACAUGUAAUUAAAUGUUUGUGUAUGUUUAUAUGUGAGAAUUUCGGUUAUAUCAUAUGAAUAUUUUGAAUUUAUCAAAAACAUGUUUAACGUGUAUAUGAUAAAAUAAUUAGGGGUGCAUGUGAACGUCUUUUUUGUUAGUCAUCUAAAACCAUAUUAAUGUUAAAGACUCCAUAUCAAUUCAUUUUACAGUGUUAAAAAACAAACAUUGCAUUUUUUCUUGUAUUUUCAUAUUA